GUAACUUCUUUGUGAGAGAUCUUUCUACUUGACGCAUGAUUGAGAAUAAAAGGACGUUUUAAUUAUUAUUGUAUUGUGCUACCUCAGGUCAAACAUUUUCUACGCACAUAUUUUGCAUUUUAAAUGAGAUUAUACACUAGUAAAAGAAUGGACUUUAACUUUGCAUUCACAUCACUGAUGCUACUGAUGAACAUUGAGGACAUUCUAACAUUGGAGAGCUUAUAUGUAACCUGUGAACACAAGUACAUAUGUGCUUUGAGGGAGAACGAUGUGACACUGAGGUGUUCUUAUACAAACAGAGACAUCAAAACUAUGUUCUGGUUCAGCCACAAACAGAGAGCAACCUGGAGAGAAAAGGAUGAACCUGAAGAUUUGACUUUAGAUUCAGACUACUCAGGACGAGUGAAACAGAGCUCCACUUACUACCCAUCAGAACUCACAAUAACAGAUGUGAGAGAGAGAGACUCUGGAGAAUAUCAGCUCAUGUUCAUUAUGAAGGAUGGAGUUAAACACAUCAGCUCAGUCACAGUCAAUCUAACAGUCACAGUCCUACAGGUGAAGUUAAACCGAACAGGGGUGAUAAACCAGAGAGAAUAUCUGACCUGUGACACUUCCUGCCCUUUGACCUCAAGGCCUCAGUAUGUCUACUGGAAAAAAGAUGGACAAUAUAUUAAUUUAGUUUCAGUUGAACCUGCUGCCUACUCUUGUGAUUACUCUCGAGAUUUUAAAAUCUCUUCUGUACCUGUGUGUUUGUCUAACAGCGGCUGUUGGGAUGUGACUUACAAAUCUAGAAGAGUUUGUGCUUUAGUGGGAUCAACAGUAGAUAUUCACUCUUCAUAUUCACAUCCCACUGGAUAUACAGUAGUGAACACAAGCUGGCAUUUGUCAAACUUUAAAUUUGUGGAUCUGCGUGAGGAGCAGCAGUUUGUUGGUCGUGUGGAGUAUGUGGGGAACACACUGAGAAUCAAAGACGUCAAGAUGAGCGACUCUGGAGGAUAUCGAUUCAGAUUGAUCACGGACAGAUUAGAUGGCACAUUUUCUGGUACACCUGGAGUCAUUCUUACUGUUACAGAUACGAAAGUGACAAGCAGUCUAGACCCUGUGACAGAAGGAGAGAAUGUGAUAUUAAGCUGUUCAACCAAAUGCACUCUGGAUAACAACAUUACAUUCUUGUGGUACAAGAAUGGAAAGCCGGUAAAGAUGGAUUCAAGCUAUCCAACAAGCUGUACCUGAACUCAGUCAACAAAGAUGUGCUGAAAGAAUAUUCAUGUUCUGUAGGAGACAGGAAUCUAGCUCAAGAUCCGAGCUUGCCAACACAAAUCACCAUCUUUGUUGUGAUGCUGUCUGUGAUACUGAUGCUUGCAGUCAUAGGAGUCUUGACGUAUAGGUUCUUGAGAAAAAAAAAGUGUAAUUCAUCUCAAAUCCAUGACAAUACACUUUAUGCAUCUGUACAGCCUGACCCAUCUACAUUGGAUAACAACGCACCCUUGUCCACAGUCUCUGAUUCCACCCACCAGACAGACUCAGAGGAACAGAUCCUUCAUUACUCAUGUGUUAGUUUCAAACAUUCUGACAAGACUAUGUCUUCCACCACUUCUGCUAUAUAUUCAUCGAUGGAAGAUGUUCAGUAUGCCACUGUCAAGUUAACUUAGAAUUAAUUCUGUGAUGACCGAUACCUGAUCUCUAGGGAAGUCUAUACAGGUAGUUUUAAUAACCAGAGGAAGAGUUCCAGAAAGGCUUUAUGUGGUAUUUUAUGGUGGGCCUUUAUGUUCAUGUUUAUAGAUUUUUUUGGUUAGUUAUCUUCUUAUUUAGCGUAUCUCUUUAUUUGUAACUGCAUGUGCUUUGCUUUAAAGUUCAACAUAUUCAUGUUUGGUAUAAGGUCUUUCCCUGAAGCAGAUUGAAACUGUAUUUGAAUGUCCGUAGACAUUGCCAAGAUUACUUAUUUAAAGGGACUUUCAACAGGCAACCGUAUCAGUUAUUAACUGUAUUAUCUUUUUCAAUUUAUUCCAUUAUUUAAGUAUGUGCUGCAUAUUGAUUGGUUUAUGGCAAUGUUCAGUCACAUGUUGAAAAAUGCUGUUAAAAGUUUUUGGAUAACAAUGUAAAAACUCAUGUAAUGUAAUUUGUACUUUGCUGCAAACAAAACAAUAAAC